AUGAAUUAAAUUUUUAAAAGGACGGCCCUUUUCUUUGCCCAAUGAAAAUGAACCGCCGCUGACACCUGGCUAUAAACCCAGGAAGGAGUCCGAAGUUCAAAUCACAAGUGUUGGGUAAAAAGCGAGAGGCGCAGGAGACGAUCGAGCGGAGAGACGCGAUGACUUCCAGUAAGAUCGAGAUCCCCGCGGCGGUGAAGAGCGACCCCGCUGCUCUCAUGGCAUCCCUCCAGCUGAUGCCCUCACCGGUGCCCAACCCGGAGAUCAAGUACACCAAGAUUUUCAUCAACAAUGAGUGGCAGGACUCUGUUAGCGGGAAGGUGUUUCCCGUCUAUAACCCCGCAACUGAAGAAAAGAUCUGUGAGAUCCAGGAAGCAGAGAAGGCUGACGUUGAUAAAGCAGUGCAGGCAGCUCGUCUCGCCUUUUCCCUGGGCUCUGUUUGGAGAAAGAUGGAUGCAUCCGAGAGGGGGCGACUGCUGUCCAAACUGGCUGAUCUGGUGGAGAGGGACAGUAUCUAUUUAGCAACUAUUGAGACACUGGACAGUGGGAAGCCUUUCCUGUCCACCCUGUUUGUCGACCUCCAAGGAACCAUAAAAACACUGAGAUAUUUUGCUGGAUAUGCAGACAAGAUCCACGGGGCUUCUAUUCCAACAGAUGGAGAAUACCUAACAUUCACCAGACAUGAGCCCAUUGGAGUUUGUGGACAAAUUAUCCCUUGGAACUUCCCUCUGGUUAUGACGGCGUGGAAGCUCGGCCCGGCGCUGGCAUGUGGAAACACUGUUGUCCUGAAACCUGCUGAGCAAACACCUCUCACCUGUCUCUACUUGGCAGCUCUGACCAAGGAGGCCGGGUUUCCACCAGGAGUCAUCAAUGUUUUGCCAGGAUUUGGGCCAACAGCAGGAGCUGCAAUCGCUUCGCACAUGGGCAUAGACAAAGUGGCUUUCACUGGAUCAACUGAGGUUGGAAAGCUGAUCCAAGAAGCGGCUGGGAAGAGUAACCUAAAGAGAGUGACACUGGAGCUGGGAGGGAAGAAUCCCAACAUCAUAUUUGCAGAUGCUGACUUGGACAUGGCCAUAGAAGAGGCCCAUCAGGGCGUGUUUUUCAACGCCGGCCAGUGCUGCACAGCCGGUUCUCGCAUCUAUGUUGAAGAGCCCAUAUAUGAUGAGUUUGUCCGGAGGAGUGUGGAGAGGGCGAAGAGAAGGAUCGUGGGCAGCCCCUUUGAUCCCACGACUGAGCAGGGCCCACAGAUCAGUCGGGAGCAGCAGAAUCGGGUGCUGGAGUUUAUCCAGAGCGGCAUCAGUGAGGGAGCCAAGCUGGAAUGUGGUGGCAAAGCGCUGGGGUUGAAAGGAUUCUUCAUUGAGCCGACUGUUUUCUCUAAUGUGACUGAUGACAUGCGCAUUGCCCGGGAGGAGAUUUUUGGACCAGUACAGCAGAUCAUGAAGUUCAAAACAAUCGAUGAGGUGAUAGAAAGGGCCAACAACACAGAAUAUGGCUUGGUUGGUGCAGUAUUCACCACCAACAUCAACAAAGCUCUGACCAUAUCCACAGCCAUGCAGGCCGGCACCGUCUGGAUAAACUGCUUCAAUGCUCUGAGCACACAGUGUCCAUUUGGGGGAUAUAAAAUGUCUGGGAAUGGACGUGAAUUGGGAGAACUCGGCCUGAAAGAGUAUGCAGAAGUGAAGACCAUCACAAUGAAGAUGGUGUCCAAGAACUCAUAAGGCAGCCACUUUUUUCCGAAGUGGUAGUGUUGUCAUUAUUACUGGCCCAUCCAUCCAAGGUGGCAAACCACCCAUCAAACCUAGUUAUCUCCAUGAUAACUAAAGGCUGUGACCACUUCCUGCCCCGACAUCCUUCCAUCAGCUACACCUUACUCACAACAGUCAGGCAGACCACUUUUUCCACCUGCCUUGAAAUUGUGGACUGUUUCCCGUCUAAAACUGAUGACCACAUAUACCUCCUCCACUAACUACGAUAAAACACACACUGAGGUAAAGGGGGAGGCAGUUUUGACAAAAAAACCCCAAAAAAAAAAACCAACCCCUUCACAGACUCUGCUCCUUGAUCCUCACCCCUUAAAUGACUCAUUCCCUGCACUUGUGAUCAUUCCGUUGCUAGCUGCUUGUCCAGUGUUGGGAAGCAGUCUUCUUGUACUGUGCAGUCUGAUUGUCAUGUCAUUGUUCUGAUUUGCCCAGUGUCAUUUCUGGAAGGAUGUCAGCUCAUUCAAACCACUGACAGUGUCACUCUGA